CAGAGCUCUGGUGUUCACCGCCUGAGAGAUAUUAGAGGAGGAGAAGAAACAGUCUGAAAGAAAAUGCUGGUGUCAACCACUGAAGGAGCUGCUGUGACAGGAACCUCUGGUCCGGGCACUACAGCCAGCGAUGUCUCAACCUUCCUGGACUCUAAGUUUCGUUAUGUCCUCUUUCCGGUCGUCUACGGCAUCAUCUUCAUCCUCGGCCUCUUCGCCAACAUCUAUGUGCUGUUUGUUGUUCGCCGCCUCCGCGUAGCCAAGUCCAUGGGUGAAAUCCGCAUCUACAUGACCAACUUGACCAUUGCCGACCUUCUUUUCGUGGCCGCCCUUCCCUUCUGGAUUGGCUACUACAGUCGCCAUGGUGACUGGGUGUACACAGACUUCAUGUGCCGGCUGACAGGGUCAUUGUUCUUCAUCAACACCUACUGCUCCAUCUUCUUCCUCGGAGCCAUCAGUGUCAACAGGUACUGGGCGGUCACGCGGCCUCUGGACGCGGCCUCCUCCGACCAUAGGCGCCGUGGCAUCAUCGUGUGCAUCGUCAUCUGGGCAUUGACCAUAGUGACGGCGAUUCCUUAUUUGGUGUCUCCAGGAACCUACACUGAUGAGAACAACUUCACCCGCUGCUUUGAGGGAUAUCACAAUGAGACUGAUAACCAGAAGACAAAUAUAGCUGCCAUUCAUUUUGCGAUAAUUGGAAUGUUCUUUGUCGUCUUUUUUCUUGUUGUGUUGUGCAAUUGCCUUAUCGCUCGAGCGUUACUGUAUCAAAAUCCUGCCCAGCCUGAAUUAAGAUCUGCAUCAACUAUGUCCAGAAAGUCCAAAAGGCCCAGGGGGGUGAAACGCCGGGCUCUCCAGAUGUUGCUGGCAGUGGUGGGAGUGUUCGCUCUGUGUUUCCUGCCCCACCAUAUCAUCCAAGGCCCCUGGACACUUGCGGUGUUGCAGAUCAACCAGGGCUGGGGCCACGUGGACUGGGACCAGGGCACUCUCCAGAAGCUCAACGACGCCCAUCAGAUCACCUUGGUCCUCAUGGGCCUCAACUGCAUCCUGGAUCCUGUCGUCUAUUUUUUCGCCACAAGGAAGUUCAGAAGGUUCAUCGUGUCUCACGUUAAAAGAAUCGGAAAGGGAGAAGCGUGCUCUCACACGGCCACCUCUCAGAUGUCUAUGGACAGCAAAAAUCCAAGCCAUAGACUUCACAGUGAGAUCCAACAACCUGGCAUGGAUUGAUUCAGACAUUUGUAAUAGUUGUACAUAAAUGUAAAUGUUUAUUACACAGCGCAUGAGUCUGUCAGGCGGGUUUGUGCUUGGCAUGUCAAAGUUUCCUUGGUGUGUUAUGCUGGGAUGCAGCGUGUGUAAGGGACCGCGCCUGUCUUGUUGCGACUCCUUAAAAAUGACACACCACACAGGAGUUUGUGACUAUUCACAUAUGCUGUGAGAACUGAUGUCUGAAUUGCACCAGUCCCCCUGCUCUUCCUGUGUGAAGUGGAAGCUGAAAAGCAGAAGUUUUGCAAGCAGAAGUGAUAAAACACAACUAAUGUACGAAAUGCUCUUCAUCAGUUUGUUAAGUUAACUGAAGAGACAAAGUCGACCAUUUUAAACAUAUGGUGCCUUAGCUUCUCACUAGAAUACACACCCACAUCCAGGGAAACACAAAAUCUUAGUAAAAUAAAGAAAUAAAAAGUAAUCAAAGUAAUCU